CGUGCUCCCCAUCGUCGCGUCUGGUCCGGACCUUCUUCUGGUCCUGGUCUGAGCAGUUGGUCCUCCUUCCAGUCCCUUUGACUGCUGCCUCCGUGGUGGGUCUUUAUGUUCAUGCAUCAGUGGGCGGCUUCACUCCGACACGCAGCAGAGCAGAGCCGAGUCGAGCAGAGACGCUACAACGCCGCCAGGGAAGGCUGCAGGCCCGCAGACUGACACACAGUGAUGGAUGAUCAGGAGGGAGAUGGACUACGAUCCGUGAGAGAAAGACUCACAAACAUGAAGACCCCCGCAGCGAAGGCCACAGAGGGCUUGUCCUUGCUUGGAGCCUAUGAGGACAGUGAUGAAGAGGAUGCUGGAGACUCUCUUCAGCAUUCAACUGGAAAGCCAGCUGACAUUGAUAGUACACUGGCCAAUUUCAUGGCUGAAAUUGAUGCAAUCACCACCCAGCCAGGUUCAGAUGAUGCCGCAUCUCAUCCUUCGGUUCCAACGACCACCCCGCCCAGACCUGAGGUUAAUAGUCAGCAGCCAGCCGGCAGUGAAAACCAGAACCAACAAAGCACAGAGUUUGAGUACAAUACUCAGUACUCACUUGCUGGAGUGGAUGUAGAGAUGGGAGACUGGCAGGAGGUAUGGGAGGAGAGCUCUGGCUGCUACUACUACUGGAACACUCUGACCAAUGAGGUGUCCUGGGAGCUGCCACACUAUCUAGCUGAUCAGGUGCAAAGCCUGGGGAAGAAUGCCAACAGCGCUAGUGUCAAUGGCAACGGCACAGCGCAUGCAGCUUAUCCCAUCAAGGAAAACACAUCUGCUGCAGCCCCGCCAUCAGUCAAAGAGACCAAAGUGAAGGAGGUAAUUGAGAGUGUCGUUGGCCUCACAAGUGAAGAGGAGGAGCGCCGUGGAGUGGCUGCGUCUCUGCUUGGUCCUCUGAUCCCUUCUGAAGUGAAAGAAGCAGAAGACAAAUGGAGAAAAAGACUGAUUAAAGGCUUGGAUGAGACUGAGAACAGUUUAGAUUCUGACGGAGAAGGUGUUCGCCCUGCAGGAUCCCCCUCUACCCCCCUGUCGGACCCUGACCCCCCAGCCCCCCCUGUCCAGAAAGAUCCUGGCACCAAGAAGCAGUCGGGAGACAACUCGGAUGCUGAGGAGGAGACGGAGGAAGACACAAUGGAGCUGGAACUGGCCCUGGAGAGGAAAAAGGCUGAGCUCCGGGCGCUGGAGGAGGGUGAUGGGAGCGCAGGGGGUUCCAGUCCUUGUUCUGAGACAAGCCAAGAAGCCUCUGGUUCUCGUGGCCUUUUACUGAAGAAAAACCGAUGGAAGACAGCUUUCCCCUCUGCUCCCAGCCCCGACUCCAACAGCAGAGGCUCCGACCUACCGGAUAACGCAGAGACGACACUUCCUAAAGUCCUGGAGGGUGUUGCAGAAGGAGAAGACAAGGAAACGGACAAUCCUGAGGAGAAAACGGUUACAAAACCUGUUGUGAAAGAAGAGGUGGAAACACCAGAGCUUAAAGUAGAAACGCCUGAGCUCAAGUUUCAGAUUGGAGAACUGGCCAACACCUUAACCAGCAAGAUGGAAUUCCUGGGGAUAAACAAGAAGGCCAUCUCAAACUUUCAGUUUCUUCUGCUACAAACUGAGACUCGGAUCGCUGACUGGAGGGAAGGCGCUCUGAAUGGGGUCUAUCUUCGCCGCAGGCUUCAGGAAGCUGCCGAACACAUAAAAUAUUACGAACUUAACGCCACUCCUAAAGGCUGGUCCUGCCACUGGGACAGAGAGCACAGGCGGUAUUUCUAUGUGAACGACCGGACCAGUGCCUCCCAGUGGGAUUUCCCAAAAGAGGACGACAAGGAGGAGGACCCGAAAGGCAGCCAAGGUACCCAGACACAGACUUCUAGUCAAGGGGACACCAAAACAUUGUCUGCAUCUGCUGGUGGUGUCACAGGAUCUUCUACGUUAACCCCCGCUGCCCCACCAGCACCUCCUCAGCCCGGUGCAUCAUCUCUCUGGUCCCCACUUCAACCUCCUCUUCCUGACAGCCCACCGCCGCCUUCCAACCACCCCCCGCCUCCGCCUCUCCCGCCAGACUCGCCCCCUCCACCUCCUCCCCCUCCCGACAGCGAUGAAGAGAUCAUGGAGGUGGAGAUGGAGAUGGACGAUGAUAACGACGGGGAGCCUCCAGCCCCUGGAACGGAGGAAGAUGGCAGUGGGAGGCCUCCUUUACCUCCAGGCACCGCUAGCAUGAAGAUUGUGGAUUUGUCGGGCCCCUUUGGGAAGGGUCAGAAACGUAAAGCCAGUCAGCUGAGUAAAGCCAUCACUAUUGGCAGCAGUGCCAUUCUCUACACCCAGCCAGCUUUCAGUGCAGCUCCUCUGAUGACUGCAACUGCCUACUGGGGCGUGCCAACUGUUCCUGCUCCUUUGGUCCCUUGUGAACCUCCUCUCCCACCUAUCCCGGCUCUACCCCCUCAACCACCGCUGCCACCGUCCCAGCCGCCCCUUGAACCUCCUGGAGCUAAAGUUCUGCCGACAGACAAGACCAAGAAAGUGAAAAAGGAUAAGUCAAAGAAGAGUAAGAUCAAAAUGCCUUCUCUGGUGAAGAAGUGGCAGAGCAUCCAGAAGGAGUUGGAUGAAGAAGAGAAGAGCAGCUCCAGUGACGAGGAUAGAGAUCAGCUUAACAAGAAGAGUAUCGAGGACUGGAAGCAUCAGCAGCUCUCGACAGGAAAAGCUUCAAAGAAUGCCAACUUUGAGUCGCUUCCUGAUAACUGGCGGGACCGACUGAAGAAACGGAAGACGACAAAUAACACGUAACAUCCGACUUGGGUCAUACAUCGCCCAGUCAACGUUUUUUUUUUUUUUUUUUUUUAAAUCCACUCCAACCAUUACUAUAAGGUCAUCCUUCCUAAAGUUUUGUUUAAUGAUCUAUGGACUUUCUUUACCAUUUGACUUGUUCAUGAUGGAGACAUUAGAGGCCCAUACAUGGCAGGCCACUGACCAGAGGGGUUUGAAUGUCCUUUUCUUGUUUUUGUAGCCACUAUUGUAAAUGUGCCAAAAAGUCUUGAGGUAUUCAGAAAUACUUCAUAACCAUUUGUAUAGACCCCACGUCAUAGAUGACCACCACAGUUUGUUUGGAGGGAUUGUCUAUUUUAUUGAGCAUUUUUACAACUGUGUACAUAUAAUGUAUAAUGGGAUAAGCCAUGUUUUUGGAAGGGGAGAGCGGGUCGCUGAACUUGUACAUUUUGUAAAAAGUUAUUAAACAGUUUUUCCAAAGCCA